UAAGUAGAAUUGAACUUUUUCUAUUUGAAUUAACAAGUCAUUAAUAAAUGACAUCUUUUUUUUUUCUUUCAUGAUAUUUCUCCAUGCUUUUCCAUCCUUUUAUGUAUCUAUAUAUAAACCAUGACUUGCCUUUCAUUGAUAUCAUAUUCUACUCAUUAUCGCUGAAAUUUUUUUUGCUAACAUAUUUCCUAGCAUUCCUUGCAAUGAAUACAAAUGUGGAGAUGGGGUUGGUCCCCACGGCAGCCAGCCACAAAACAGGAGGCCACAUUUCUGGUGUCGGAGUUUUCAUCUUUUCUCUGGUAGAUUCUUUUGUCACUUUGAGGGAUGAUCAUCUGCACUCAUGUGCAUCCUUUGCAGGCCCAAUUAACUAAUCGUAGUGGAAAAUUGGAAAGAUGACAAGUUUUUUGGGUUUGAAUGGUUGAUGCAUGUCAUGACCUUUUAAUUAAUUUGUGGGAUAGCGGACAGAAAAUUUAGCUGCUCCAAUUAUCAGGUGUAACUGUAUAUAUGCACACUCACACUUCUUAGACCAUCUAUGUUUCAACUUUUUUUUUUUUAGUACAAGUAUUAUUUAACAGUUAGUGUUUUGUAAUUUUGAUUAUAUGUUAUGACAAUACACAAAUUAUUAGAUU